AUGACCGAUCAACUUCCCAUCAUGGAAAUCAAGUGGAAUCUCACUGUGGGCGAGAGAUAUGUGAGACUCGACGCCGCCGGUGCCAGCUUGAGUAUCUUGGAAGAGGCGCAGAAGACCGUGACCCCCGAGAAAGUCGAGCAGGUCGCCGACGAACUCACCACGGAGGAGCAAAAGGAAAAGGUAUUUGAGGGCAUCCAUUGUAUAGCAGCUACCGAUACCGAUACCUAUUCGUUUGUCUUUGAGACCUUGGUCGACAUGUACCUGAUGUCUUACAAGCUCAAUGAGGACCAGAAAAAGGCGAUUGAAAGUCUGGUUAGCGAGGUUAAGGAGUUGCGUGGGCUGAUAGAGAGGCAGCGCAUCAGGUUAUGCCGCGCGGAGCGAUUGGCCAUGCUAAGAAGUAAAGGGGAGGAUCCUUAUGGGUGUUAG